GGUGCGGAACUGUUGGAUUAUCGACCACUAGAGUAAGUGGGAGAUAGUUUCAGGUUGCACUCAAACGCAAUAACAGGAACACAAACAAGACAGCUCCUAUGGAAUGAAAAUGUCCACAAAGCAAGUAACCUGCAGAUAUUUCCUCCAUGGCGUGUGUCGAGAAGGGAGCAGAUGUAUGUUUUCACAUGAUCUGGCAACAAGUAAACCGUCAACUAUAUGUAAAUUUUAUCAGAAAGGUGUUUGUGCCUAUGGAGACCGCUGCAGGUAUGACCACGUCAAGCUCUCAGGUGGUCGAGGAGGUGGAGUAGGGGGUGGCACCAGCAGCGGUGCUGUCAGUGGGCCUCCAGGUGUUGAUGUGGCCAGCAGAAGCAGCACCAGUUCAGGACCUCCAAUGUCAGGAGGUGGUCCACCAACAAACACUGGGAGACCGGCCAAAAAGUCAGUGGUGCUAAGAGACAGAGCACUGGGCUGUGAGCGAGGCCUCCUCCACCCAGCAGAGAGUGCGGAGGUGCUGGAAGACCGCUGGGAGUACCGAGACGGCGGCGGGCAGGCCAAAUCCCACUCCUACCUGGACGCCAUCCGGACCGGGCUGGAGUGCUCUGCCGCCGCGACCCCCUCCUCCUCCUCCUCCUCAUCCUCCUACCCGGAGAUGCCCCAGACACAACUGUGCCCUUAUGCGGCUGCUGGACAGUGUCACUAUGGCAACAACUGUCCCUAUCUCCAUGGGGACCUGUGUGAGAUAUGCAGGCUUCAGGUGCUGCACCCACUGGACCCUGAGCAGAGAAGAGCUCAUGAAAAGAUGUGCAUGAUUGCCUUUGAGAUGGACAUGGAGAAGGCCUUCCGGGCCCAGCAGAGCCAGGACAAGGUGUGCAGCAUCUGCAUGGAGGUGGUGUAUGAGAAGGCCACGCCCUCCGAUCGACGCUUCGGCAUCCUGUCCAGCUGCUGCCAUACCUACUGUCUCAGCUGCAUUCGCCAGUGGCGCUGCGCCAAGCAGUUUGAGAACAAGAUCAUCAAGUCUUGUCCCGAGUGUAGAGUUGUGUCUGAGUUCGUCAUUCCCAGUGUGUACUGGGUAGAAGAUCAGGAUGAGAAGAAUCGCCUCAUUGAAGAGUUCAAAUCUGGCGUCAGUAAGAAGCCCUGCAAGUACUUUGACCAAGGACGAGGAACCUGCCCAUUUGGAGGGAAGUGUCUCUAUUUGCAUGCCUAUCCUGACGGCACACUGGCAGAACCUGACAAGCCUCGCAAGCAGCUCAGCUCCGAGGGAAACGUGCGGUUCCUGAACUCCGUGCGCCUGUGGGACUUCAUAGAGGAGCGUGAGCACCGCGGGGCCUCCCAGUACGAAGACGAGGUGAACGAGUUGGGGGAUCUCUUCAUGCAGCUGUCGGGAGCAGGGAGCGAGAGUGGGGCCCCAGGACCUCACUGAUGCUCAGCACUGAACCCUGCCCCCCACCCCCCCCGCCCCCCAGUCCCCCUGGCACUCACACCCACUCAUGGCCCACAGGAUCACCCACAGGCUCAUAUCAAACUGUGUACUGAACUGGGCAAUAAAAAUGUGCUCACUGGUAAGCCUUUCAUGUUGAAAAUGAGGCUUUUUAAAAUGGCAUUUUUAUUGGGUGGUACAUUUUUAGUGAAAGACUAUGGCAGUUCUGUAUAUGGGGAAAAAAAAAAAAAAAAACGUUAUAAAUUUACUGUACUCACACCAAUACCAGUUAUGUUUGUGAAAGCUGCUAUAUUUUCUUAAUGCAAUCAGGUAAAUUUUGCCAGAUUGACAUCCAUGUUCUCUCACAGUGAGGUCUUAGUGGCCCAUCUGCGGUGGAAGUUGAGGGGCUGAUCCUGGCAGUGGCACGCGGCUCCUAAUGCACUUUUGUAGCAGAAGAGACGCCCUGUGAGACCUGGCAGAUCAGCGCACAUAACGCAGAUUCAGACAAGCUAAGGUCAUGGCAUGUUUGUGGCUAAACAGUUAAAUACAAGAUGAAGUAAGCAGGGAGGGGAUGACCUAAAGAGGAAAAAAGUCCAUUCUUAGGGCCAGAGUUUGAGCAGUGAAAGCUACAGAUGAUUCCCAACAGUUACUCCCAACCACCAUUAAGAUUCUCAGAGAUUCUGUAUGUUCCCUGUAGUUGAUAUCACAUUUGUGGUUGUGGUCUUCUAUUUUGUGACUGAAGCCUUACUAUUUUUUAGAUCUCAGAGCACUUAACUCAACUUUGAGUGCUUUGAGUCAUAUGUCCAUUUAUAUACUUCUGCUGAAUUAUGUGAAAUAGGCUAUUGCUUAUUUUAAGAUUUGGAGGGCACAUCAUUUGAAAUGCAGUUUCAGAAAUACAAGGCAGCUCAAAUUUUAUCAGCAUUUUUGUCGAAAUUGCCCUAUGAAAUCAUGCAAUAUAUAAAUAAGUAUUUAAUUCAGUUGUCUUGUCUUGCUUUCAAGUACUAUUGGGUUAAACCCAAAGAUAUAAAAAGAAUACCUCUUAUUGUUUCAAAGAAGGCUUUAUAGAACAGUGCAGAUAUUUUGGCACAAAAAAGCCAAAGUGAAUUCAUUAAUCCAGUUUGUGUGAGUCUACGCCUCAGUUAUCCUUUGGAGUUUAGUGUAUGCGAUUCAGUGUAGGGUUGUGCUAUAGACGGACUCCAUUGCUUGAAGUCAGGCUCCCUCUUGAGUUUAGGGUCUGACCACUCGGCACUCUCCUAUAGGUGAGCUGAUCCCUGUAUGUACUCUUUUAAUUUGAUUGUGUAGAUGAUCUGACCUUAUGGUUGUGCACCCUUUGCCUAGCACCUUUCUGUGACUUUCUUAGGUAAUUGAACCCAAGAAAGUUUAAUCAGAACAUAAACAGUAUACAAUAUGGUGUUUGCAAACUUAGCUCAACUUGUGUUCAAGCUUGAAUAUUAGGGCAUGUGAUGUUUUACGUCAUAAGAAUUUUUUAUCAUGCGGUCAUAUAGAGCCUUGAGUGGCUCUGAAAGGACUGUAAUGAAUUAGCAGUGAUUAUGGUGUGUUAUUACAUGGCUGAAGUGUUUGCAGUGAAGGACAUUUAUAGAAAUGCUCUUUCUCAUGCAUCUGUAGGUCAACAUUACAGCCCAUCAUUUGACUUGAAGUUCUCUUCCCCACAAGUAUUUGUGAAAUGGCAUAAAAAAACAAAUAAUUUGUAUCACGUCCUAAUAUUAUUAAAGGAGAUAUUUCAUGCAAAUAUGAAAAUGUGGUUCAUGUUAAUAUGAAACUGUACAAAUCAAAGGGUAUGUAUUAUUAUUUAUAAGAAAAGUGCCACCAGGAAUGUUGUAUGCCCUUCUAACAAUGUAUGGGAAGGUCAUUCAUAGUCAUGUUUACUGUCUGUGUAUUUACAAAAAAAGCCCUGCAUAACUGUAUGUAUUCAAGUAUACAAGUAUGUAGUCAAAUAAAGAACAUGUAUUUUGGGGUAUGUA